AUGACCACCGUGACCACCUACUUUGGCCAGCUGGUCUUUCACGACCUGGCGCAGGUGGCGGUGACCACCGGCUACAAGGGCCAGCGCAUUCGCUGCUGUGGUCUGAAGAGCAGUAAUAAGAAGAAGAAUUCAGUGGAUCAGCCGCAGCUGCUCCAUCAUCCUGAGUGCUUUCCCAUAAAGGUGGACAAGGAACGGGACCCCUUCAUGAGCCGCCUCCACCAGGAGUGCAUCGAGUACGUGCGCUCCAGUCCGGCCACCAGGCGACACUGUGGCCUAGGCCCCAGAGAGCAGGUGAAUCAGGUCUCCUCAUAUCUGGACGGCUCCGUCCUCUACGGCUCCUCAAAGGCGGCCGCCGAAGCGUUGCGCACCUUCAGCGGUGGCCAGCUGAAGGCGAUGCGCUUCAGCAAGCGCUCCAAGGAGAUGCUGCCCAUGCAGGAGGAGGGCGAGGAUCAGGACUGCAAAAUGACCACCGGAAGUGGUGGAAAGAACAGCAAACGGCGGUGCUUCAAGUCGGGCGAUGAUCGUGUCAACGAAAACCUCGGCCUGGUGAUCAUGCACACGCUCUUCCUUCGCGAGCACAAUCGACUGGCCCGCGAGCUGGCCGCCCUCAACCCGCACUGGACCGAUGGGCGGCUGUACGAGGAGGCGCGCCGCAUUGUGGGCGCCCUCUUGCAGAAGAUCACCUACGGCGAGUUUCUGCCGUACGUCAUCGGCGAGCAGNAGCACAAUCGACUGGCCCGCGAGCUGGCCGCCCUCAACCCGCACUGGACCGAUGGGCGGCUGUACGAGGAGGCGCGCCGCAUCGUCGGCGCCCUCCUGCAGAAGAUCACCUACGGCGAGUUUCUGCCGUACGUCAUCGGCGAGCAGGCGCUGGACCACUAUGAGCUGCGCCUCCUAUCCGACGGCUUCUACGACGGCUACGACAUGGCCGUGNCGUCGGCGCCCUCCUGCAGAAGAUCACCUACGGCGAGUUUCUGCCCGGCCGCCAGCAGAUUUGACCAGUACCUGAUGGGCAUGAUCAGCCAGAGCGGGCGGAUGAACACCGACGCCACCGUCACCGAUGAGAUGACCAAUAACGGGCUGACUGAGGAGGAGGAGGACGGAGUACCGAAGAAGAAAGGGAGCUCCUCCCACUCUGAAGGCUUCGAUUUUGUGGCCAUCACGCUGCAGCGAGGCCGCGACCACGGCCUGCCCGGCUACACCGAGUACCGAAGGGCCUGUCAGAUUGAGCCGGUGGUCAGUCGGUGGGAGGACCUGGCCUCGGUGGUGAAGGGCGACGUGCUGAAGCGACUGAAAACGCUCUACAAGUUCGAAAACGACCUCCCGCCGUCCUCCUUCAGCAAGGCGCAGCUGACGGAGCUGCGCAAGGCCUCCCUCGCCCGUCUCCUCUGCGACAACGGUGACCAGACUGACUUCGUACAGCCACAGGCGAUG